UAUUACACCAUCAGUCGUCCGAAAUAUAAAUAUCUUUUACACACGUCUUUUUGUCCUCAAUUACGCAAUUCUGCACUGUUGUUACUAGUCUAAGUGAACCAUGGCAAGUGGGGGUAGGAAGGACAACAAGAAGAAUGAGUCUGACUCUGGUCUCAAAACAGCUGGCAUCGUACUGGGUGCAACUGCUGCAACUGCAAUUGGAGUAGGGCUGUUAUCAUGGGGAAUGAAGAAGUUAUUUAGUGAGGAAAGAGAGCCUGAGACUUCACACUCUUCUGAUUAUGCCUGGGACGAAUCUAAGCUAAGGGAGUCUGCAGUGGGAGAUUACAGUGGAUCAGCUAUGUCUACUGGAUUGCUGAAAACUGUUGAAAACUCCCCACAAGAUGAAGGCAUUACAUUUCAGCCAGAUGAAAGUAAACCAUUGGCAGAUAAUCUAGAGAAAUAUUUCAAAGAAGUUGUCACUAUCAAUGAAGAUGAUAGAAGAUCUGCUAAAGAGGUUGUCGAAAAAAUCAAAAAUGCAGCCAGAAAGUUUUUCAAGGAUAAUUUCCCUAGUAAACCUCUAGGUGAUUUUCAGCACAAAGGAAGCUCAUACGAAGGAUUGAAGGUCAUAAGUCCAAAUGAAUAUGACAUCACAAUGCCUUUGAAAAUGAAGUCUCACUUAUGGGAGAUAGUCGAACCUGAUCAUGUACAAAACCUGGAUGGAUUUCGAAUGGUGAAGCGUAUUAAUCUAAAGCAGUUCCCACUUGGAAGUAGUCCAUGGGAUGAAUAUUUAACAGCAAAUGAAAUCCUCUCUCCAGCCAAAGUCUACCAGCAGUUCCAGAGCUAUUUGGACAAAUUUCUUCUUAGGUGCUCGGAUGUUCUUAUUUACACAAUACGUCGUUCCAAAACUGGUCCUGCCAUCACAUUAAAUGUUUCGUAUGGGGAACAAAAAUUGGAUAUUGAUUUAGUGCCUGAAGUUGAAAUCAAUCACAUCCCUCUUGUUGCAAAGCAACAUCCUAUGGUGAAGCGUGAAGGUGGAGAACAAUAUGCUCAUCUUUGGGCAAGGUCAUAUUCCCUUAAAGAGAAGGAACUUUUCAAGACCAUUGAUGUUGGCGAUGGUUGUAGGCGAAAGUGUUUGAAAAUUAUUAAAGCAAUCUUCUACUACAACAGAUCUCAAUUUAAAAUUUUGAGUUCAUACCACGUGAAAACCAUCAUAAUGGGAAUGAGUGAAGAUGAGGAUUGGCGUCAGCGAUGUCUUGCAGAAAGAUUCAUCGAUGUGAUCAUUUCUUUGAGAGAUCAUCUUGAUGAUGGAGAUCUUCCACAUCAUUUCGAUCCAUCAGUGAACUUAUUGAAGUACAUUAAACAAGAUGCAAAAUACAAUGUGAAAUGCUUUCUUAACAAGGUGAUCAAUAGGGGCAAUUAUAUUGAGCUGUUGAAGUCAAAUUUAUAGGGAACUCAUAACAUUGUUAGAAUGAGAAAAGAUAAAAUAGAGUGGCAAUAUAAAAGACAAACCAAUAUGGGGACUCUGCUGUGGUUCUGGUUGAGUUACAUGUAGACUAUAACAAAUAGCAGAUUAAAGGUAUUCUCUCUUGAUGGUAAACAUUUACAAUAUUUACCAAAACAUUGCCAAAGGUUAGUACAGGUGUAUGGUCAUUUAUCAAACUUAUUUCAUAUUUUUUCAAAAUAGGUAGUCGAUAAUCGGAGUUACCAGUAUAACUGGACUUUGGGUGCAGGGUAGUCUACCAUAACAAGACAACAAUGGGCUUUUAAGGAAUAUUCCUUGAAUCAAUAUGCCAAAAGAAAUUACUGCACACCAGUGAUAAAUGUUACUUCAACAGUUUUGAUUAGUGUUAGCUGGAUGCAUCUAAUGCUAUUAUUAUUGAAUAUACAGGUACAUAUCAGGCCCGUAGCCAGGAGGGUUCGAUGGGUCCUCCCUGGCCAAAAAUUCUUUCAAAUCAUGCAGUUUUUCACCAUUCUGAGCACCUUUUCAGUGAUUUUGGCCAUUUUUGGACCAAAAUUGUCAAAAGUAACCCCCCCUGGAUGAAUUUUUCAACAAAUGAACUCUCCCCUUGGCAAAUCCUGGCUACAGGCCUG